AUGCCCAUUGGAAUGUUUCCUUAUGUGCUAGUCUUUAGAAAGGUAUGCCAUCUCCUAUUGGAACUAGAGCACAAGAUGCAGUGGGCCCUAAAAAAGUUAAACCUGGAUAUAGCAAGUGCAGGAAAGGCUCAGAAACUCCAACUGAACAAAUUGGCAGAAUGGCAGUUCACCAUAUACGAGAAUGCAAAGCUCUACAAGGAACGGACUAAAUGGUGGAAUGGCAGUAGGAUUUGUAAGAAAGAUCUAGUUGUUGACCAACGAGUGCUACUUUUUAACUCUCAUCUUCGUCUUUUCCCAAGUAAGCUUAAGUCAAGGUGGCCUGGACCAUUUGUUGUGCAUGAAGUCUUCCCCCAUGGAGCCAUGGAAUUGAUGAAUAAGGAUGGUAGCAAUGCCUUUAAGAUCAAUGGACCACAAGUAAAGCCUUAUUAUGGAGGUUCUGUGGAUCGUGACAAGGAAACCAUUGACCUAGGCAGGCAAGCUUGA